UCAUGCACGCUCUAUAUCUGAGCUGCAGUUUCAGUCUCAUUCUCAGCCAUGUGACGCAGCAGUGAGCUCUCACUGCUCCAGCUCUGAACAGCACGGCAUCACUGCAGCGGCUCACAGCUCAGAUCUUACCCAGGGUACUUCCUCCUAUAGUGCAGGAGAGGUGAGCUUCAGAGAGGACACCUCAACCACGUCUGACACCGGCAGCACUGGAAGAAGCCUCAGAACCGACCCCUGCAGACACCUUCAGUUAUCCCUGUGAUAAAUGACGCUGGUGCGCCACGAUGGACUCUCACAAUGCCUCAAGCUCUGGGGGCAACACAUCUUACCCCUCGGUGAACUGUUCCUACAACAUGACUGCCUGGAACGAAGGCAUGUAUGGGCUCUACACCUACUUCUAUCUGAUCAUCUUCAUCCCAGGCUUGCUCGGAAACAGCGUCGCUCUCUGGGUGCUGUGUCGCUUUAUACGCAAAAAGACCAAAGCCAUCAUCUUUAUGAUCAACCUGGCCGUGGCUGACCUGGCUCAUGUGCUUUCGCUGCCGCUGCGCAUUUACUACUACUCCACCCACACCUGGCCGUUCGGAAAAGGGCUGUGCUUGUUCUGCUUCUACCUGAAGUAUCUCAACAUGUAUGCCAGCAUCGCCUUCCUGGUGUGCAUCAGCCUCCAGCGCUGCAUCUUCCUGAUGCACCCGUUCUGCGCCAAGAGCUGGAAGCGGCGCUACGAUGUCCGCAUCAGCGUGGUGGUGUGGAUUGUGGUGGGACUCUGCUGUUCUCCGUUCAUUCUGAUGAGGACCAACUCGGACUCGGCGAAGACAUCCGGCUGCUUUAAAGACUUGCCCACGCGGAAGCUGGGUCUGGGCACGGCUAUCACAAUAAUGACCUUCGGGGAGCUGCUGGGCUUCGUGACCCCGCUGACCAUCAUCGGCUUCAGCUCCUACUUCAUUAUUCGCUCGCUGCAGCAAAGCGUUCGGGCCGGACACUCGGUCAACGAUAAGAAAAGAGCCCUGCGCAUGGUGCUGGUGUGCACGGGGGUGUUCCUCUUCUGCUUCGCCCCGUAUCACAUCAACUUCCUGUUAUACAUGAUGGUCUCGCAGGACCUAAUCACGCAGUGCACGGUCAAGCAGGUGAUCCUGCAGUUCCACCCCAUCUCUCUCUGCGUGGCCAGCGUUAACUGCUGCUUAAACCCACUCAUCUACUACUUCCUCACCACAGAGUUCCAGCAGCAGCUCAGCCGCCAGGGCAGCUCAGUGCUGAGGGGUCGACUGAUGAGCCUGGAGAGCACCUCCUCCUAUAAAGAAUGAACUCUCUCGCCUGAUGUAGAUAAAUUUAGGGUGUUUUCACACUAGCAUUCUUCAUUUUAUUCGAGUAUCAACCUCCGAUCCUCCGUAUCGACCUGUGUUCCUCUGCAGGUGCGGAAGCUAGGAAGCUAGGAAGCUAUCCGCUCCCUGCGCUAUGUGUGGGGUUGCGUGCAUGGGUCAUUUUGCAACAUGACUGCUUCAGUGCAUCGCAUUAUUUUCAAUCCUUUUAAUCAGUAUAUACCUAAUGAAACCACACUUUCAUAGGGCUAAAGCAAAGUUACUAUAAAACGUCAGCAAACGACAAAGCUUUUGCGAACCUAUCUGCAAAAAAAAAGUGAUGCAUGAAAUUGGGCAAUUGGUUGCCGGUUUGGAUUAAGCUCUUGAGAAAAAAAUUUAGUGAUCGCAUCAACUCAACUGUGCACUGUGGAGCUUGAAUUAGGGGCGUGUCACUGUGUCUUUGCUAUCGUAACAACAGGAAAAGUACACCUUGUGCAAUUUAUAAAGAACAAAAGGUAUGUACUAAUUUUUGCAAUAAACCGAUCAGCAUGUCCCUUGCCAUUGCCUUUAAAAGCCAGGCGCUCUUUGACUUUGGCGGAUUGCUAUUUCAGGGGCGCAGCUACCUGGACAUGUCCAACGCUUCUCAGCAGAGGAAACUGACCUGCUCAUUCAUUUAGUUUAUUGUUGAUGUAAAUGUUGGGUUUGUGCACUGCUGCAUGUCCAUGUUUGCAUAACAAGCAUAACAAACAUCUGUCUAGGUUCAUUUCAGUCAGUGGCUUACCUGAGUUUUUCAUUGUCAAGAUAGCAAUACGCCUCAUUUAGGGAUCACCACGCCCAUCGGAGUAGAUGUACUGUAUGUUCAAAAGCAACUUUGCUAUUUAAACGAGGCUCCUGUUUGUAAAAGCAAACCAGUGAUAAUGAGCUCCUCCCCAAAACAAAACCCAAACUGGUUCUGGGUGUGAACUCAUUUAUUCACGACAAGUAUGAAAACACCCUCACCCUUUUAGGUAUGAAUUAGCAGCCCACACUGUGGUUUCUUCUACUUUAUCUUCUUGAUGCACUCAUUCUGCACUAGUCGGUGCAGGUUGCACUAUAAACUGAAGGAUGUCUGAAGGUAAGGUCUGAAGUUUUACAAUAAAAAGAAAAAGAACAAAAAAAUAUUUUUAGGUAGAAUUACGCACCCACAAUGCAGGGCAUUAACAUGUGUUUUUGAAUUGGACCGUAUCUGAAUAUGUAUAUAUAUUUUGACUUAUUGACAUUAUCUUUACAUCAUAUCAUCAAGACAUGGCAGCAGUGUGAACAGAUUACAGCUCUGGAAAAAAAUAAAUUAAGAGAUCACUUCAGUUUCUGAAUCAGUUCCUCUUAUUUUGCUAUUUAUAGGUAUAUGUUUGAGUUUUAUUCUAUAAACUACAGACAACGUUUCUCCCAAAUUCCAAAUAUAAAUAUUGCCAUUUAGAGCAAAAUGUCAGACCUUAAAUAAUGCAAAGAAAACAAGUUCAUAUUCAUAAAGUUUUAAGAGUUCAGAAAUCAAUAUUAGG